AUGCAGUUCUCCGUCGCCGCUGUCCUUGCCUUCGCCGCUGCCGGCGUUUCGGCCUCCGCCUUCAACAACGGCACCCAGGUCUACGUCACUGAGGUCGUCACUGCCCUGACCACCUACUGCCCUGUUGCCACUCAGAUCACCGCUGGUGGCAAGACCUACACCAUCACCUCGGCCACCACCCUGACCAUCACCGACUGCCCUACCGGCUGCACCGUCACCAAGCCCGUCUACACCUCCAAGGUCGUCGACUGCAAGACCUGCAACGGUACCACCGCCGCCCCUCCCCCGGUUGUCCCCACCAAGACCGGCGGUGUCCCCGUCCCCGUCGGCACUGGCUCUGCCACCGUCUCCAAGCCCCCCUCGGUCCCCACCGCUGGUGCCGCCAAGGUCGCCCUCUCCGGCGCCGGUCUUGCCGGUCUCGUCGGCUUCGCCGCCCUCCUGUAA